AUGAGGCCCGCGGCGGCUGCGGCCGCGUCCGUGCUUGACGCGCCCCUGCGAGCGCGCGGAGCGGUAUCCUUGGUCGCCGCCCGCUGUGCCUCCUCCUCCUCCUCUUCGGCCGCCGCCGCCGCUACGUCGUACGAUCAUGUGUCGUUCGUCAAGGAAGUCGCCGCAACAGACCCUCCGGAGCAUCUUAACUCUUUGCUGAAUGUGCUUCAUGCACGAGGCGAAAAGAUAGUUUCUCCUGGAGCUAGAAGAGGGAUGAUUCCACUUGUUGUUCCCUUGUCAGAGAGCCCACAAGGUAACUUAACAUCCCUACUGAGAUGGCCAACUGCUCCACGUGGGAUGGAAAUGCCUGUAGUGGAAGUGCGUGACCAUGGGCUAUGGCUUUUAGCUAAGAACGUCAACCAAUAUAUUCACAGAAUACUCGUCGAGGCUGAUAGCAGUGCUGAGAGUGGUGAUGAUUUGUGGUCUGCCGUUCGAGAUGAUUUAUGGUCGGCUGUAGGGGAAGCUGGUGGGAACAUUUACAAAAGAGGUGAUUUGAAAGAAUCGCAGAUGGCAGAUCUUGAUGUCUAUUUGUUGAAGAAGGUUGGACUCUUUCCGGAUAUUAUAGAAAGAAAAGCAUCACGCCAUCUGGAAAAAGGAGAUCAUGUCUCUGCUCUUAUUACUGGAGAAUUCUACACUAGAGAUCAGUUUCCAGGCUUUGGAAGACCCUUUGUGUUCAACUCAGUACUUCAGAAAAGAGUUGGACGUACAUCUGAGGCCAAAGAGUCAGCUCGAGUGGCUUUGAAGUCACCAUGGUGGACACUAGGCUGUAAAUACGAAGAGGCAGCUGAGUUAGCUAGAUGGGAGGAUGAGCAAAUCGAGUUUAUAAGAGAAAAGGUAACCGAGGAGGGCAAACAAGACGAUCUGAAGAAGGGAAAAGCUCCGGAGCAGGUGGUUCUUGACGAGGCGGCCUUUCUCAUGGAUUUAGCCACCGUCGACGGUAACUGGGACGAUGUUGUGGACCGGAUCGCUGAAUGCUACAGAGAAGCUGGGAUCCACGACAUUGCGAAGUUCAUCGCUUACAGGGAGUAGAAUCGUAUUCCUUGUGAGUGUGGUGCGGCUAGAGAAGUUUUGCACGCUCGGCUUCAGACUAAGACGCGUAGGUUUUAGGCUUUUGUGAGCAUGAAAUAAUUUCACCAUGUCGAUCUUAGGCUUACUUCUGUGUGUUUACGCUUGCAUAAGCGGAAAGAGUGCCGCGGCAUCCCUCCGUGAUGCUGCGUUUCUAUUUUUCUGAUUUUCCUUUUGCCAUCUGUGUAUGUAUAAUAACAUUCAUGAUCAAUGAUAUAUCAUGCUUUACAA